ACCUCAUCAAAUCUCCCCCCUCUGGGACCAUCUCAUGAGGUAACGAACGUGAGGAGAGGAAGAAACGAUCAAGUGCCACCACUUUUGACGAUGGAUCUCUGAAUCAGUGCACCGUUGGAUGUCACUGGGAUUGGAGUGAUAUUUUGGUUGGAUCGUCAAACGAUCUUCGAGUUCUUGGGAUCAACGGUGGAAAAACGCGCGCGCGAAUUUCCAUCAGAUCUUUUGGGAGAAUUUUUGGCAUUUUCUGAAAGUGUUUUGAAGUGAUUGAGAAUUUUCUGAGGAAUUUCUUAAGUGGUGAUAUAAAUCUUUUAAUUAUAAAGUUUUUUUUGUGAAUUUAGUGCAAAGGGAUUUUUUUAAAAUAUAUUUUUAAAUAUUGUGGUGAAUACGUGAGAAAUUGUGACCCAAGUUGGGCAGGAGAUUUUUUUUCUUUUCAACAAAAUCUUGGAGAGAAGGUUGUCGAUGAAAGAUGAAGAACAUCGGUGCAAUUUGCCUCUCCACGGUGCUGCUCAUCUUUUUGCUGGACGGACUCCACGGUUUGUCAGUGGAUCCCGUUGCAUCAUCUGAUUUGGAGCAACACAUUAAAGAUGACUUUGUUAUCUCCAUUCGACACAUUAGACCACGCCGAAAGCUACAAAUUCCAUUGGAGGCCCUCUUCCUGAUUGACUUUCCCGCCACGAAGCACAAAUUCAGUUUCUUCCUCGAUCGGAAGAAUAAGCGCGUCACCGUAGACAUUACAUCCGGGACAAGAUUCUACUCCAAACACUUCACUGUGGCAUCACUCAAUGAAACCACAACUGUUCGAUCACUUGCCAUUCUAUUCCACAAGAACAAUGCCACCCUCUACAUGGACUGCAAAAAACAUACUGAACAGGAUCUCGAAGUUAACAUUUCAGAACUCUAUGCAAGUUCAGAGGAACCCAUCAUUAAAUUGUUUAGGGAAAGAAAAUACCCGUUGCACUUCGAUGGAAAUGUCGAGAGUGCCUUGUUCAGAGCUAAUUGCCAGAAAGCCGCCCACCGUCGAGAAAAUCGUCGCUACCUUAACCUCAAGGAUGGCCGUUUGGAGAAGAGACAAAGAAAUCGCCACGGCAGCAAUCAACAGAGGUACAUGCGCUUCGAAACGGACAACCUCAUCAGUGACCAAGCCAUGUCGCCGCUGGACAAGAACAAGAAGCGCGAUAUCCGCGACUGGGAUGAUAGAUAUCGGAAUUUGCCCACGGAAAGCAGUACUAAUGUACAUCGUCGUGGUGACAUCCCAGUCCUGCAUGGCGAUUGUGAUGAUGCCAUGACGAAAGCCCUGUCAGAGUUGCUGGCUCUGGUAAAGCAGCUGAGAGAUGAGGUCGGACAGCAGCGUAACGAAAUCGCAUACUUGAGGCAAUUAAUCGAAAAUUGUGCUGGAUGUCAACAUCGGGCGGAACCACUUAAGGAAACAUGUGAAUUAAAUAAUCCAUGCUUCCCCGGUGUCCAUUGUUACGAUUCAACAUCGGGAAUUCGGUGUGGACACUGUCCCAGAGGCUACAUUGGCGAUGGCAAGCACUGUAAGCCUGGUCUUACAUGCGCCGAUAAGCCAUGCUUCGGCGAUGUCCAGUGCUACGAUACUGUUGAGGGUGCCCAGUGCGGACCCUGUCCCAGUGGCUACGAAGGAGACGGACGCUCCUGCACUCGCCAAGACGCCUGCACAGAUCAGUCUUGUGCCCCAGGCGUCAGGUGCUAUCCUUCGGACGUUUAUCCUUUCUUCAGAUGCGGAUCAUGUCCACAUGGAACAUCUGGGAAUGGAACUUACUGCUUUGACAUUGACGAGUGUGACCUGCGACAACCUUGUGACUCGAAAGUCCGCUGCGUAAAUCUACUACCAGGUUUCGCUUGUGAUCCCUGUCCACCUGGAUACCAUGGUCACCAUGCUCUAGGGGUCCGAGUAGCUCACUGGGAGCACUCCUUCCGCCGUCAAACCUGUCACGAUAUCGAUGAGUGUUCAACGGGGACAGCUCAGUGUCCACCAAAUUCACAUUGUAUCAACACCGAAGGUUCCUAUCAUUGCCAAUGUGCACGUGGCUUCCACCUAAACUCCACCUACGGCUGUAUUCCACUUGAAGGAGUCUGUCCCGAUGGAACAAUUUGUGAUCGAAAUGCUGUAUGUCGGGCAAUAACUGAAUAUUCCUUUACGUGUAAAUGUCGCGUGGGAUGGGCAGGAGAUGGUUUUCAAUGUGCCCCAGAUAAGGAUUUGGACGGAUGGCCUGACUACAAUCUGAAUUGUACCAGUCCUAGAUGCCACAUGGACAACUGCAUCUUUGUACCGAAUUCAGGCCAAGAGGAUGCCGAUCGAGAUGGAAUAGGAGAUGUUUGUGAUCCAGAUGCCGAUAACGAUGGAAUUUUGAACAAUCCUGAUAAUUGUCCAUUGGUAUCUAAUCCAGAUCAGAGGGAUACCGAAUACGGGGGUGGUGAUAAACAAGGAGACGCUUGCGAUAAUUGCCCUACAAUCAGAAAUCCCGAUCAACUGGAUACAGAUAAUGACGGAUUGGGCAAUGCUUGUGAUGAUGAUAUCGACAACGACGGAUUGCUCAACAGCCACGACAACUGCCCCUUAAUCGCCAAUGAGCGUCAGCUGGAUUCUGACGGAGACGGAUUUGGCGAUGUUUGCGACAAUUGCCCAUUCAUUCCAAAUCCUAGUCAAGCUGAUCAAGACAAUGAUCUGAUAGGAGACGCUUGUGAUAGUGAUAUCGAUCGAGAUCGUGAUGGAAUUCAGGAUUCUCAAGACAAUUGCCCAAAGAUCGCAAACUCAGACCAAUUGGAUACUGAUGGAGAUGGAAGAGGAGAUAUGUGUGACAAUGACAUCGACAAUGAUGGAAUCCUAAAUGAAAAGGAUAACUGUCCGUUGGUUUAUAACCCCGAUCAAACAGAUAACAACCAUGACGGAAUUGGAGAUAUUUGCGAAGAUGAUUACGAUUUAGAUACUGUUCCUAAUUACCUGGAUAACUGCCCUAAUAAUUCAAAGAUUUAUUCAACCGACUUCCGAACCUACCAAACGGUUGUCCUAGAUCCUGAAGGUGAUUCUCAAAUCGAUCCCAACUGGAUGAUCUACAACAAGGGAGCUGAGAUUGUUCAGACUCAAAAUAGCGAUCCAGGACUUGCUGUUGGUUACGAUUCGUUUGGAGGAGUAGACUUCGAGGGCACAUUCUUUGUCGACACAGAAAUUGACGAUGACUACGUAGGUUUCAUUUUCAGCUACCAGAACAACCACAAAUUCUACACGGUAAUGUGGAAGAAGAAUAUUCAGACCUAUUGGCAAGCUACACCCUUCCGAGCUUCAGCUGAACCAGGAAUCCAACUUAAACUUGUAGACAGUACAACAGGACCUGGACAAAUGCUACGAAACAGUCUUUGGCACACAGGGGACACCAAGGAUCAAGUUAGACUACUUUGGAAGGAUCCUAGGAAUGUGGGAUGGAAGGAAAGAACAGCCUAUAGAUGGCUCCUGCUUCAUCGUCCAAAGAUUGGUCUGAUUCGUUUGAGGAUUUUCGAGGGAGAAGAAAUGGUGGCUGAUUCAGGGAAUGUCUUUGAUUCAACACUCAAGGGAGGACGUCUGGGAGUAUUUUGCUUCUCCCAAGAAAUGAUCAUUUGGUCAGAUCUUGUAUACAGAUGCAAUGAUAACAUCCCAGAGACAAUCUACAAUGAACUUCCUAUACGAUUGAGGCAGGAAGUGCAUGUGGAUUACAGAAAUUAGUGCUGCAGGAGGAUUCAUGCAGGGUGCUUCAAAAAACAUAAUCCUAAGACAGAGUUGUAAAUGCGAAAUAAUUGGCAUUAAGAUUAAUUUCUAUUGAGAUUAAAGGACUACUUGAGGACUCUUGUACUCAAUGAGACCUUGCUGUACACAUCAAUUUUUUUCCUGCUUAGUAAACUUCACCCAUUCAUCAUUAUAAGUCACGCCUCUUUCUGAGAGUAUGGCGAUUUUCGUUAUGAAUUUUAAAUAUUAAAGAAAAAUUGUAAUAAUCCAUGAAAACACCAAAACAAGUAUUGAAAUUAAAGAAAGUAGUUUGCGUGGCCUCAUCCUUCAAAAUUUAGGCCACGCCACUUUUAAUACUCGUUAACGAAUAAGCCAUAAUGAACACAAUAAAGUCUUCGAAAUUUGUUAAAAUCACAAA